UCGGCAGCGGUAAAAGCAACAAGGGCUACGGUGAUCAAGAGAGUCUGAAAAAAAAAUGAAAACGAUGAUCGUAUUUCUAUGUUUGCUUUCGUUGGCGCUAGGAGAGCCACCAGUUCGAGACAGUUAUCUAGAAGCUGCUGGAUUGCACCAAGAUCAUGGACCUCAUCAGCAAUAUAUACCUGAUCUAACUGCUCCUACCACACGACAAAAUAACCAUUACCAACCAACUUCUAGACUAUCCCAACAAGCUUCAGGUUUCCGGGACAAUCUAUCCCAAGUAUACGGAGGUCCAAAGAAUUCCCGACUUUCCCAAGAGUACGGGGCUCCAGAAUUCCGUGAUAUAUCUCAAGAUUAUGGAACACCAAACCAAGAGACUUUCAGAUCUUUAUCUCAGGAAUACGGUGUACCAGCCACCUCACAAUAUGAUGCCAGUCUUUCUUUCCCAAAAAGCAGUGUGACACAUUACGGUUCCCCAACUAGCAGAAAUCCGACCAGUUCUUAUCUUCCCGCCCAGAGUUUAACAACGCAAUAUGGAACACCAGGCUCGGAGGAUUUAACCCGCAGUGUUUCCAGAAACUCAUCACCUGUCCAAAUAUACGGCGUACCUAAAUUCCAAAGCAGGAAGUCUCAAUUAUAUUCUGAAGGUUCUUUGAACCCUAUAUCUUCAGUCAGAUCAAGUAACCAUGCUAAAGUACCUUUUGGUCGUUCUUUGUCCUCUAAAUAUGGUGGUCCUGAAGCUAAAAAUGUAUUUCCUGAACCUCUAGAGAAAUAUGGUGUACCUAAUGCAAGAAGUAUCUCUCAAGAAUAUGGACAGCCUGCAGGAAGAUCAAUUGGUUCAAAAACUAAUGCAAUUACUGCUUCAUAUUCGACUGUUAAAUCUCCAUCCAAGCAAUAUGGUGUACCACAAUCACGCCAAGACUCAAUGCCGUCAAAUCAGUAUGGUGCUCCAACUGAUGUUUCAGAUCUGGGCUAUGAAUACGCCAGCGCCAGGAAUGCUCUUGAUCUGUUAAACCAGGAACCAGCGAACUAUGAAUUUGCUUAUAAAGUGGACGAUUACGAGAGCGGUAGUGACUUUGGACAUGUAGAGACCAGACAAGAAGAUAAAGCGGAAGGGUCUUAUUUCGUGGUAUUGCCAGAUGGUACAAAACAGGUGGUAGAAUAUGAGGCCGAUGAAGAAGGUUUCAAGCCCAGGAUCUCCGUACAACCAGCUGAUGUCGACUCUCGCAGCGCAGGACCGAAUAUUCUUCAUCUCGAUCGGGUAACUAGCAGGAUGAUAAUUGUACUUUUAUGUCUGAUCUCAUGGGUUGCUGCCGAGCCUCCAAUCGGUAGCGGCUACCAUUCACAUCGGGAAUAUCUUCCGCCAAACUUUGAAGCACGAUCUAAAUCCUUCAAUGAAUUUAACGAAAUUUCCCAAAAUUACGGACCUCCUAACUUCCGCGAAUCUCAACAGUACGGUACACCUUUGGCCAGAAAUCCAUCAUUAUACGGGACACCAAAUACAAGAAACCUUAACAUUGCAACAGGAUUUCCGAAAGAAUACACCAGAUCAGGACCAUCUCAAAUUUAUGGUGAACCUAGGAAUUCUCCUUCAGAAACAUAUAGCGCAUCUCAAAGGUCUUUUAAUAUCCCAGAAUCUACAAGACAUCCAGUACAAAAGUAUGGUCUUCCAAGAUUUGGAAACCAAUCUCCUGUCAACCAUGGUUAUCAAAGCCCUAUGGUCACUUUAAGAAAUUCAGUUCCACAAACGUAUGGUUCUUUGUCUACUGAAUACGGUGCACCAGGAAUCGCUGCCAGAGAUUCGUAUUCUCAAGAUCUUUCUCGUUCUGUUUCGAAUGUCUAUGGAGCUCCAAGUGCAAGAACUCCUGCUGGGGAAUACGGAAUACCUGAAGCAAGGAAUAUUGAAAAGACUAAUGCAAUAGCUUCGUCUUAUGCAAGAUCUUCGCAAGAUGGCUACGGAGAUGCAAGCGGUGAUACUUCUGGCUACAGUUACUCUAGAAGUACACUUGAUGAACUGCUUAAUCAGGAGCCUGCAAACUACGAAUUCGGGUACAAGGUGAACGAUUAUAGCAGCGGCAGUGACUUCGGCCAUGUGGAGACGCGACAGGCGGAGAGGGCGGAGGGGUCAUACUUUGUAGUGCUACCUGAUGGUACCAAGCAGGUGGUGGAAUAUGAGGCAGAUGAGCGAGGAUUUAAGCCCCGUAUCUCAGUGGAGGCGGCAGAAACCGGACCAUACUGACACCACCAACCUUCGUAUACUCAAUAUAACGACCAUGGCUUCUUGAAACUAAACGUAAUGUGUGUGUUCUUUGUGUGAGAUAAGAAUGCUAUUUAAUUUAUUGUAACGCAAUUA